UAUUGCUUAAAGGUGAAGGAGGAGGAAAGCUUCUAAGCCUCUAAGGUUUAGUGCCUUAGUGGCAUAGAAUUCCGACGAGGAUCGUCGGAAAUAUCCAACUCCGGUGCCGGAAAAGCCUGACAAUGAUAUAAUUGAAGACGAUUCUUACCGAUUCCUAUAAAUUAAUGGCGAGAGGCCGGAAACUCGGGUUGAGUAGUCGUCAAGAUCGAUUACUUGGGACCUUUAGCUAUGGUGGUGAUGGACUGAACGGCACGACGGAAAUAUCGGAGCUAGUGGAAGAGGAUGUAUGGUCCAUGGUGGAUGACAUGGAGAACAUGGACUUGACCGAUCGAGAUGAUCAUACGAGACACCCAUCACCAUCCAUGGCCACCACCAACGAAAACGGGUGGAGCUCAACCCGAAAUCGCCGGAGGAGUGGAAGGUUGGUGGUGCAAGGUGGACUAUCGAUGGCCUUCGUCAACGAUUCCGCCGGAAACGGAAACGCACAGGGAUCAAGGAUCGUUCAUCAAUUCCGAGGAGGAGGAGGAGGAGGGCAGGAAAGCCACCAUAACAAUCAUAUGGCGACGUCGGCGCCGGUGAACGUGCCGGACUGGCCAAAGAUACUUAGAGUUGACUCGGUGGAAUCGAUGCAUGACUCGGACGAGUACGAGUUUGAGGAUGGCGAGUCGGCGGAAUGGGUUCCACCACAUGAGUACCUGGCACGUGAGUAUGCAAGGACACGUAAGAUGACUGCCACCUCCGUUUUGGAAGGUGUGGGUCGAACCCUUAAGGGUCGUGAUAUGAGCCGGGUUCGAGAUGCCGUUUGGAGUCAAACCGGGUUCUAUGGUUGAUUUCAGUUCUUCAAUUUUACAGAUCCAUGAAAAACACUCUACGUGAGCUUUGAAGAAUUCAAAUAACGAUCGA